AUGGCUGGUUCUUCAAAAGCCAACAAAUGCUACAACAUUCGAUCAAUUACUUUGCCUUGCAGAUCGCAUCCUAGCACCCUUAGAAUCGAAGAGGAGCUGAACAAGCUCAAAGCAUGGGAGGCAUCACCUAUGCCAACCGCGGAGAAUGUCUGCAAUGGUCUGUCCGGACUUGAAGAGUUGUACAAAUGUAUGGAUGAUCUCUACAACUUGCCGAUGACUCAACAAGCUCUCUCUCAGCACCAACAUGAGAAAUGGAUCAAUGAGUUGUUGGAUGGAUCGUUGAGGCUCUUAGAUGUUUGUGGUACUACAAGAGAUGCCGUGUCACAAAUGAAGGAACAUGUCAGAGACCUUCAAUCCUCUCUUCAAAGGAGAAAGGGAGACUCGAGAACUGAAAGCAGAAUAGUCAAAUACAAUUGCUUUAGAAAGAAGAUGGAGAAGGAUGCUAGAAAGUUGAUUGCAGCGUUGAAGCGAUUUGAUAACAAAAUUGAGGCCUCGCUGCUGUUAGAUGUAGACCACGACACAUCAUCUGUGAUCAGAGUGCUAAGGGAAGUUAGUGUGUUGAGUAGUUGUGUCUUUCAAUCCCUUCUCUUGUUCCUUUCUGUGCCUAUCUUGAAAGCAAAGCCAACAAAGUGGUCAUUGGUUUCAAAAAUGUUGCGCAAUGGGAAAGUAGCAUGCGAAGAGCAACAGGACAUUGUCAUCAAUGAGUUGAAAAGCGUAGAUGUUGCAUUGCAGACCCUGCGCGGAUCUAAGUCAAGUGAAGGAGACGACAACAUUCAAAUUGCACAAAGCAGCCUGGAGGCUUUGGGAGCUAGAAUUGAAGGUGUGGAGAAUGGUUUGGAGGGCAUGUUUAGGCGGUUGAUCAAAACAAGAGCCUCUCUCCUAAAUAUUGUCUCCCAAUAAUUUGAUCUCGAUAGAGUCUUUCAUCCCCAAAUCCUGCACAGGCAUCAAAGU